AUGGCUGAUUACUUACUUACCAUUGCCUCCGUUAGAGCCAAAUCAACUCCAAUUUUUCAAUUGGCCCUUGAGGAUGAUCUUACAAAUUUUGACUCUCACUUUGAUGAUGCCUCAAAGCUCGACAGUUGUCUUGACUUUAUUGUUUCUUUGAUCAAUCGUGAUUUUGGUAAAGAUUACAAUUCAAUCCCUCCACAUGGCCGUUGGCAACACUUGGAAGCUGGAGGCGUAUCAAGGGUUACAAAACUUGUUACCAAGUGGCAUAAAAAUAGGGUUGAUCAAUUGGAAAUUACUAGAAGAUUGAUAGAUUUGUUUGUGGUGUCAGUAUUUUUGGAUGCUGGAGCUGGGGAUAUUUGGAAAUUUACUGAAGUUAAUGAGGAUGGGACCUCCACUAGUUACGGACGUAGUGAAGGGCUUGCCGUGGCAUCUUAUUAUAUGUUUGCUGGUGGUGGAAUGGCAAACGAUGACGUUAGUGAUGUUGUUAAUGCGAAGAAAUUGUUCAGUAUUACUGUGGAACAAAUGAAAUCGUGGCUACAAAUUGAUUCCGCUAACACAAUGACAGGUUUUGAAGGACGUGUGGAAUUAUUAAGAAGUUUAAGUCAAUCCCUUUGGAGGAAUGGUGAAAUUUUUGGAGGUGAGGGAGAUUCCGAUAAUAAUAGACCAGGGAACAUUGUUGAUUACUUAAUCAAGAAAUGUGGUGGCACAACAAUUGACAUGACUGAUCUUUGGGAUGCUCUCAUGACAGGAUUCAACAGCAUUUGGAAAUCACGCCUUGUAAUUGAAGGCAAGUCGUUGGGUGAUGCAUGGUAUUGUCAAAGUGCUGCCAAAGUAUCCAGCAAGAAGCUUGGAAUUAAAUUGGAGGAUUUAAAAGAAACUGAUAAAAUUGUCCCAUUCCAUAAAUUGACUCAAUGGUUGACAUACUCAUUACUCAUACCAUUAAAGAAAUAUGGUAAUUUUUCUGUGAGAAAUGAAGAAUUGUUAACAGGUUUACCAGAAUAUCGUAAUGGGGGCUUACUUAUUGAUUUUGGAUUAUUAAGCAUUAAACCAGAGGCUUUAACUCGCGGUAUGUCCUUGGGCAAAGAAAUUCCGUUUUACAAACCUGAUGAUGAUUUAAUUGUUGAGUGGAGAAGCUGUACUGUGGGCUUUCUUGAUUAUAUUUUGCCAUUAGUGAAUGAGAAGUUGGGAAUAAAGGGAUCCUCAGAAGAGCUUGUGUUACCCCAGCUUAUUGAGGCUGGCAGUUGGAAAGCUGGAAGGGAGAUUGCUGCAAAGAAAAGACCAUCGACCAAGGGCCCUCCAAUCGGUCUCGAUAGUGACGGAACAGUGUUCUAG